CGACGAACACGUGGUGGCUCAUGCCGGAGGCGGUGGCGGCUUUGAAAAGAGUGUUGAGUCCGACGUUGAUACACUCCAUGGAGAUCAUCGCCGGAAACGGUAGAGCCGCUUCCAUCAGGUUGAUUUCCCACAAACAUUGAAAAAAUGAAUCAAAUUUCCAUCUGGGCGUUUCUUGUUUGUUCAUUUCUGUUCAUCUUUACCAAUGCUGAUGGUGUCGAUGAUUCUGUAAAGAGCUCACUGAUUCAGUUUCUUGCAAAACUCAGUCCCCAAAAUGGCCAACACAACCAGCAUCUUGGAUGGAACAUUUCUUCUGAUCCUUGCAAGAACAGAUGGCUUGGUUUGGUCUGUGAUGGAAGAAAUGUUUCUGUAAAGAAACUGUUUCUUGACGGCUUGAAUCUUUCAGGAACUCUUCAAACAAGCUUCCUCUGCAACUCAAAGCCUCUACUGAAUUCCCUCACUGUUCUAAGCCUCAAUUACAACAACAUCUCCGGAGAAAUCCCAGCUGAUAUUGAUAAUUGCAAGCAGCUGACACGGUUUCAUGUAAGAGGAAAUAAAUUCCAUGGAAAUCUACCAAGUUCUUUAUCCAAGUUAGUCAACCUUAAAAGACUCGAACUUUCAGACAAUAACUUAUCUGGGAACUUGCCAGAUUUGUCCAGGAUCUCAGGCCUCACCAUGUUCCUUGCUGAGAACAAUAAGUUCUCUGGAGAGAUACCCCAGUUUGAAUUCUCCAACUUUGAGAGAUUUAAUGUUUCCUUUAACAAUUUCUCCGGUCCGAUGCCGACCGACGGCGGUAGCUACUUUGCUUCAGACAGCUUCAUGGGAAAUCCACUGCUUUGUGGAGAUCCAUUGCCAACAAAAUGCCACUCACUCAAACUAGAAGAAGUCAAACCAGGAGGUGAAGAAUCAAAGCACAACAACAAAGACCAUAUUUUGAUAUUCUCAGGAUACAUAAUGAUAGGUGUUUUCUUAACAUUUAUAGCAGUUUUCAUGAUAUGUAAAAGGAGGAAAAAGGUAAGAAAAGAGGAUUCAAGCAACAGAGUUGCAGCAGUAGAUGAUGAUGGAAUUAGCAGCAAGUUCAGUACUGUUUCUUUGUCAAGUGAAUACAAAACAAGCAAGGCAGAGUUUUCAAUGCUUUCAAGUGAGAGUGGAGGGUUGUCAUCAUCUCUGAUAGUGCUUACAAAUCCAGUGGUGAAUGGGUUGAAGUUUGAGGACUUGCUUAAGGCUCCUGCUGAGCUGAUUGGGAGAGGGAACCAUGGAAGUCUUUAUAAGGUUAUGUUUGAUUAUGGGAUGGUGUUUGCUGUGAAGAGGAUUAAGGAUUGGGGCAUUUCAAGUGAUGAGUUUAUGAAAAGAAUGUGUAAGAUUGAUAGAGUGAAGCAUCCUAAUGUGCUUCCACCACUUGCCUUCUAUAGUUCUGAUCAUGAGAAGCUUUUGGUGUAUGAAUUUCAGCCUAAUGGAAGCCUAUUCAGCCUUCUUCAUGGAUCAUCAAGCCACAACAAGAACUCAUUCCCCUGGAUCAGCAGGCUUGAAAUAGCAGGCAGAAUAGCGAAGGCAUUAGCACAAAUGCACAAGGGGUUAGAACAAGAAGAAAUAGCUCAUGGCAACUUGAAAUCAUCAAACAUACUCAUGAACUGGAACAUGGAGGCGUGCAUAAGUGAAUAUGGGCUCCAUGAAAGCACCUCCUUCAGAUCAGAUGUUCAUGGAUUUGGGCUCAUCCUCCUUGAGCUGCUCACAGGGAAGCUUGCGAGAGAUGAAAAAGGGAUUUGUUUGGCAGAUUGGGUUAGAACUGUUCUUAGAGAAGAAUGGACUGCAGAAGUUUUGGACAGCUCCUUGUUGGCUGAAGCAGCAAGCGAAGAGAGGAUGGUGAACUUGUUAGUGGUCGCUGUUAAAUGCGUUGAGAGUUCUCCCCAUGCAAGGCCCAACAUGGACCAGGUUGUUGCCAUGAUUGACUCAAUCAAGGAGGAUGAACAGGACACUUCCAUCAUUUCUAUUCUCUCAAAUUAGUUCCAUUCCAUUAAUUGUUCAUUCAAACAUAACUCAAUUAGUUAAAUU